AACACUAAACAAAACUCGGACAAGAUCUGUUUAUUUCUUACAUUUUCCUCACCAACAUAACAGUUUAAUUUAGCUUUGUUUGUGAGAGCAUCAUUUUACAUUCGUUUCAUUUCGAUCUUAUACCUACCCCAAUUAAAAUUUGAUAAAUUCUCUUAAAUUCUGAUAUCAUGGCUCCGAAAUUUGAAAGCUUGUACUACAUGAAACUUCCACUAGCUGGAUUGAUUGUUGGUUUUUUGACUGCAAUUGUUGGUUUUUUAAAUAUUGUCGAACUAAUUGGUGCUCUGAUUGCCUUCGAUGAUCGAGAACCCAGCUUUAUAAUAAUAAAUUCACACGAAAGUGCAGAAAUAAUUGGAUGGGAAAUUUGUGGUUAUUUUCUGUUUAUGCUGUCGGGAUUUUUUCUUGUUUUAGGAACUAUAAAGAAGUCACAUAGAAUGAUUUUACCAUGGCUUUUGAUCUCAGGAGUUAUAAUUUUAUUUGGAAUUGGUUAUGUUGUGUUUUCCUUGAUUUCUAUGAUUCGAAACUUGGAGAGUGACUUUGGAAAAUUAUUGAUAUUUAUUGUUUUGGGGAUAUUCAUUUUACCAGGUCUUGGUAUUUAUACUUGGAUUGGAAUUUUAUCAUUGUAUCAAAAUCUUCGAGAUAAAAAUCAAAGAGUAUUGACACAAGUUGAUGCAGAAAAAUUAUAUAUCAAUCCUGGUGCACAUUCCAAUUCUAAUGUCGGCAUUUCUUCAUCACCAAAUUGUUAGUCAAAUAUAUAAAAAUAAGAAAGUAUAGUUUUUGCAUGACAAAAUAAAAAAUGUACAAUUAAAAUUAAAAAUUUACAAUUAAAUACACAACUGAGUUGUACGUUCGUACUUUAA